ACGAUUUCUCCAACUCGAUGGUCCUCGAAGGCGAGGUCCUGCUGAUUGAGGAUGGGCUCUGUCGGGACCUGUACGGCUCCCAGACCUACACCGACGGGAUGGUCUGCGCGGGUUACAUGCAGGGCAAAAUCGACGCCUGCAACGGUGACUCCGGAGGGCCUCUGGCUUGCGAGAUCGACGGAAGGUACACACUGCUGGGCCUCGUCUCGUGGGGGAAGAGCUGCGGGAAGGCUCAGCGGCCGGGGAUCUACACCAACGUGAAGCACUACCUCGACUGGAUCAUGACGGCGAUGGAGGAUCUUUAAGGACUCGGGAGAAGGUCGAGGGAAGGAGGGACAGCAAUCGAGAGAGAAGAAAACAUUGACGUUUGAAGAUGGAAAAGGAUCGGAGUUGAGCCCGUUCUGAAUGGAAGAGAAUUUCUGUGACCUAGUCGACUGUGCAUAAAUUAACGUUUGAGUUGUAUUUUUUAAUUUGUAUUAUAUUUGGGAUGACAAAUCAAAGGAUGAUGCAUUAUUAUAAGUAUAUGUAAAAAGUGUGCAUUUCUACUUAUUACAUAUCAUAUUGCAGGUAGUUUAAUUGUCUGUCGAUAGUGAUAGUCAAACAGAAACAUUGAUGAAAUUGUAAUUAUAUAAUGCCAUAAGACAUAGAUAACAUUGGAUAUAUGAAGAAAGGAAUGGGUUAUCGUCUUACCCACAAUGUAAAUGCAUUUAUCUAGAGAUGGCAGCAUAAAGAAAUCACAUUCGCUCGAUGGAAUUAGGAAUUGAGAUAGCUCCAUAUUCAACUUUUGCAAAUUUCCUGUAUUUUUAUGCUGCUUCACCUUCAGAUUUUCCAUUCCCUUUUUUAUUUCACCCCCCUUCUACCUCUUCUGUCUCUGUCCCUCUCUGUCUGUCUGCAUGUUCCUUUAUAACUCUAUCUCUAUAUAGAUCUAUCUAUGAAUGUAUCAGUCAACAUCUCUCUCUCUCUAACGCUUUACUUUCUCAAUGAAACUUGACCAAUGCAAGUUCGAAGAAAGACAAAAAUUACCGUAUCUCGUCGAGUGGUAAGAGAAGCUCCGGUCUCCUCAAUACCUGAAGUCACGUGGUGGAAUGCAUGGAGAAAACGUUAGUGUAAACAAGGUGACAUACCUGUUGUUAUGGUGCUUGUGUCAUGUGAAUGGGUACUGCCUGUGAGCGUGUAACGUGAGUGAACUGAUGUGGCGUUGACGUCACGUGAAUGAACAAAUAUAGAUAAUGGUGUCUGAGAAAGUGAGGAAUGUCUGGGUAACUUCGACCCACUGCCGUCGGAAAAUUGCAGCGUUCACUGUAGUGUUGUUCUGUGGAACGCUUUACACGGGUGGCUAACCUCGUGUCUAGCCCCUAAGGAGUCACAGUAGACCUCGUGACCUCACCUGAUUUCACCUCUCCUUGCUUUUUCGUUUUUUACUAAUGCCAUCAACACUGAUGCCGUUAUCGUAGGCAUUGUAAUUAUGGUAUUAUUAUUGACAUUACUAAUAGCAAUAUAAAAAAAAUAAUCAAGAAAACAAGGAAGAAGGUAAACAGGUGAGAUACGUAAUACUAGUAACUGGCCCAUUGGGGAAUGUGUACUUGUGAAACCAUCUGUGAAGGAAAACAAUUGGUAAACGAAACAGACAGGGUAUGGCGGCUCGGGUUGAGAAAUGACAUAAAGUUGUAAUGCUGUGUCUGAAACACUGUAAUCAUUUGCAAAAUAUUCGUGUGCAGGUAUGAAUGUAUUCUAUAUAGACACACUGGGAUGAAUUAAUAGAUUUAUAUGAAAGUAGGGAAAUCAAAUUAGCACUUUAUUCUUUAUGUAUAUAUACACAUAUAUG